GGAAGGAGCUGCUAUAUAAAGCCAGCCAAAGCUGGCUGCGCUGGCCACAGCCUGCCUACUGUCACAGGCUCUCCCGCGCGCAGACACACACCGGCCUCUCUGCACAAAGACUGUGCGGCUGGGGGUGACAGUGGGGGCAGCGCACGGGAGCCCCGCUGCUCGGAGCCAGGUACUUAUUCCAUGGAGCUGGUUCAUUUAAGGACCUAGGUCUUUCUCAACUCCGGAAAGAAGAGAAUUCCUUCAAGAUCGGGAACAAACAGAUCUGGAUUCUACUCUGUGCUUCAAUAUAGCCACUUCUGCCUGAGAGUCAGACACCCUAGGAUCCAAGAACGCAGAAAACACCCAACCAAACCCACCUCCACCAUGGGGGCCAUGGUGAUGUUGGCGGGCAUCUUCUUAGCUUUGCUCACCCUCACUACUGAAGGUGGGGUCCUCAAGAAGGUCAUCCGGCACAAGCGACAGAGUGGGGUGAACCUCACUCUGCCCGAGGAGCAGCAGCCCGUGGUGUUUAACCAUGUCUACAACAUCAAGCUGCCUGUUGGUUCCCAGUGCUCGGUGGAUCUCGACUCAGCUAGCGGGGAGAAAGACCUGGCCCCUCCACCAUCAGAACCCAGUGAAAGCUUCCAGGAGCACACGGUAGAUGGGGAAAACCAGAUCGUCUUCACACACCGCAUCAACAUUCCCCGGCGGGCCUGUGGCUGUGCCGCGGCCCCUGAUGUCAAGGAGCUUCUGAGCAGACUAGAGGAGCUGGAGAACAUGGUGUCUUCCCUGCGGGAGCAGUGCACCACGGGAGCAGGCUGCUGUCUCCAGCCUGCCGAAGGCCGCCUGGACACCAGGCCCUUCUGCAGUGGCCACGGGAACUUCAGCACCGAAGGCUGCGGCUGUGUCUGUGAACCCGGCUGGAAAGGCCCCAACUGCUCUGAACCUGAAUGUCCCAGCAACUGUCACCUGCGGGGCCAGUGCCUUGACGGGCAGUGCGUCUGCGAGGAGGGCUUCACGGGGGAGGACUGCAGCCAGCUGGCCUGUCCCAGCGACUGCAACGACCAGGGCAAGUGCGUAAACGGGGUCUGCGUGUGUUUCGAAGGCUACACGGGGGCCGACUGCAGCCAGGAGGUGUGCCCCACGCCGUGCAGCGAGGAGCACGGGCGCUGCGUGGACGGCCGCUGCGUGUGCCAGGACGGCUUUGCAGGUGACGACUGCAAUGAGCCCCUGUGCCUCAACAACUGCCACCGGCGCGGCCGGUGCGUGGAGAACGAGUGCGUCUGCGACGAGGGCUUCACGGGCGAGGACUGCAGCGAGCUCAUCUGCCCCAACGACUGCUUCGACCGGGGCCGCUGCGUCAACGGCACCUGCUACUGCGAGCAGGGCUUCACGGGCGAGGACUGCGGCCAGCUCAGCUGCCCGAACGCCUGCAGCGGCCACGGCCGCUGCGAGCAGGGCCAGUGUGUGUGCGAGCCGGGCUUCGCCGGGGCCGACUGCAGCGACAAGAGGUGUCCCGCCGACUGUCACCACCGCGGCCGCUGCGUCGACGGGCUGUGUGAGUGUGACGCCGGCUUCACGGGAGCUGACUGCGGCGAGCUCAGGUGUCCCAAUAGCUGUAGCGGCCACGGCCGCUGCGUCAACGGGCAGUGCGUGUGCGACGAGGGCCACACCGGGGAGGCCUGCGACCAGCUGCGGUGCCCCAACGAUUGUCACAGCCGCGGCCGCUGCGUGCGGGGCCAGUGCGUGUGCGAGCCGGGCUUCCAGGGCUACGACUGCAGUGAGAUGAGCUGCCCCAACGACUGCCACCAGCACGGCCGCUGCGUGAACGGCAUGUGCGUCUGUGACGACGGCUACACGGGCGAGGACUGCCGCGACCUGCGGUGCCCCAGGGACUGCAGCCACCGGGGCCGCUGCGUGGACGGGCGAUGCGAGUGCGAGCACGGCUUCACCGGCCCCGACUGCGCGGAGCUCGCGUGCCCGGGCAACUGCCACGGCCAAGGCCGCUGCGUGGACGGGCAGUGCGUGUGCCACGAAGGCUUCAUGGGCACAGCCUGCAAGGAGCGGAGGUGCCCUGGAGACUGUCACGGCCGGGGUCGCUGCGAGGACGGGCAGUGCGUCUGCCAGGAGGGCUUCGAGGGCCCGGACUGCGGGCGGCGCUCCUGCCCCAACGACUGCAGCGGCUGGGGCCAGUGCGUGGAGGGCCGCUGCAUCUGCAGCGAGGGCCACGCCGGGGAGGACUGCUCCGAGGUGUCCCCUCCCAAAGACCUGGUUGUGACAGAAGUGACAGAGGAGACCGUGAACCUGGCUUGGGACAAUGAGAUGCGGGUCACCGAGUACCUCGUCGUGUACACACCCACCCAUGAGGACGGCCUGGAAAUGCAGUUCCGCGUGCCCGGGGACCAGACAUCCACCACCAUCCGGGAGUUGGAGCCUGGCGUGGAGUACUUUAUCCGCGUGUUCGCCAUCCUGGAAAACAAGAAGAGCAUUCCCGUCAGCGCCAGGGUGGCCACUUACUUGCCUGCACCUGAAGGCCUAAAGUUCAAGUCCAUCAAGGAGACAUCUGUGGAGGUGGAGUGGGAUCCUCUGGACAUCGCUUUUGAGACGUGGGAGAUCAUCUUCCGGAACACGAAUAAAGAAGAUGAGGGAGAGAUCACCAAAAGCCUGAGGAGACCAGAGACCACAUACCGGCAAACUGGCCUUGCUCCUGGGCAAGAGUAUGAGAUCUCUCUGCACAUCGUGAAAAACAAUACCCGAGGCCCAAGCCUAAAGAGGGUGACCACUACCCGUUUGGAUGCCCCCAGCCAGGUGGAGGUGAAAGAUGUCACAGACACCACGGCUUUGAUCACGUGGUUCAAGCCGCUGGCCGAGAUCGACGGCAUCGAACUCUCCUACGGAGCCAAAGACGUGCCAGGUGACCGCACCACCAUUGACCUCACCCAUGAUGAGAACCAAUACUCCAUCGGGAAUCUGAAGCCAGACACUGAGUAUGAGGUGUCCCUCAUCUCCCGCCGGGGUGACAUGUCCAGCAACCCAGCCAAAGAGACCUUCACAACAGGCCUGGAUGCUCCCAGGAAUCUCCGUCGCAUCUCCCAGACAGACAACAGCAUCACCCUGGAAUGGAGGAAUGGCAAGGCAGCCAUUGACAGUUACAGAAUUAAGUAUGCACCCAUCUCUGGAGGUGACCAUGCCGAGGUCGAAGUGCCACGGAGCCAGCAAACCACAACCAAAACCACGCUCACAGGUCUGAGGCCGGGAACUGAAUAUGGGAUCGGAGUGUCUGCUGUGAAAGCCGACAAGGAGAGCGAUCCGGCCACCAUCAAUGCGGCCACAGACAUGGACGCACCCAAGGACCUCCGGGUCUCUGAGACCUCGGAGACCAACAUGACCCUGCUGUGGAGGAAGCCUUCAGCCAAGUUUGACCGAUACCGCCUCAACUACAGCCUUCCCUCGGGGCAGCCCAUGGAGGUGCAGCUUCCAAGAGAUGCGACGUCCCACGUGCUGAGAGGCCUGGUGCCCGGGCAGGAAUACACCAUCGUCCUCACGGCGGAGAAGGGCAGGCACAAGAGCAAGCCUGCGCGGGUGAAGGCAUCCACAGAGCAUGCCCCUGAACUGGAAAACCUCACCGUGACCGAGGUUGGCUGGGAUGGCCUCAGACUCAACUGGACCGCAGCUGACGAGGCCUAUGAGCACUUUGUCAUUCAGGUGCAGGAGGCCAGCAGCAUGGAGGCAGCUCAGAACCUCACGGUGCCCGGCAGCCUGCGGGCUGUGGAUGUCCCGGGCCUCAAGGCCAACACCCCUUACAGAGUCACCAUCUACGGGGUGAUCGGGGGCUAUAGAACACCCGUGCUCUCUGCUGAGGCCUCCACAGGGGAAACUCCCCAUUUGGGAGAGAUCAUGGUGUCUGAGGUGGGCUGGGACGCCCUCAAGCUCAUCUGGACUGCUCCGGAAGGAGCCUAUGAGCAGUUUUUCAUUCAGGUGCAGGAGACAGACACGGCAGAGGCUGCCCAGAACUUCACGGUCCCGGGAGGACUGAGGUCCAUGGACCUGCCCGGGCUCAAAGCAGACACUCAUUAUCGCAUCACCAUCCGCGGGGUCACGCAAGACUUCAGCACGACUCCUCUCUCUGUUGAAGUCUUGACAGAGGAGGUUCCAGAUCUGGGAAACCUCACAGUGACCGAGGUUCGCUGGGAUGGCCUCAGCCUGGACUGGACGGCCCCCGAGGGGACCUAUGAGCAGUUUAUCAUUGUGGUCCGGGAGGCUGACCAGGCUGAGGAAGCUCACAGGCUCGUGGUUCCUGGAAGCCUGCGCUCCGUGGAAGUUCCAGGCCUCCGGGCGAGUACCCCUUACACGGUCACCCUGCGUGGCGUGGUCAGGGGCCACAGCACUCGACCCAUUGUUGUGGAGGCCAUCACAGAAGAGCUCCCCCAGCUGGGGGACAUAACUGUGACUGAGGUUGGCUGGGAUGGCCUCAGACUCAACUGGACCACAACUGACCAGGCCUAUGAGCACUUUGUCAUUCAGGUGCAGGAGGCCAACUGGGUGGAGACAGCUCAGAACCUCACGGUGCCCGGCAGCCUGCGGGCUGUGGAUGUCCCGGGCCUCAAGGCCGACACCCCUUACAGAGUCACCAUCUACGGGGUGAUCGGGGGCUAUAGGACACCCGUGCUCUCUGCUGAGGCCUCCACAGCCGCAGAACCUGAAAUUGGAAACCUAACUGUUUCUGACAUAACUCCCGAGAGCUUCAAUCUCUCUUGGAUAGCCACCGAUGGGGCCUUCGAGACCUUUACCAUUGAAAUUGUUGAUUCCAAUAGGUUUUUGGAGACGAUGGAAUAUAAUAUCUCUGGUGCUGAACGAACUGCCCACAUCUCAGGGCUACACCCUAAUAAUCAUUUUAUUGUCUACCUCUCGGGACUUGCUCCCAGCCUCCGGACUAAAACCAUCAGUGCCACGGCCACCACAGAGGCCCUGCCCCUUCUGGAAAACCUAACCAUUUCCGACAUUAAUCCCUACGGGUUCACAGUUUCCUGGAUGGCAUCGGAGAAUGCCUUUGACAGCUUCCUAGUAGCGGUGGUGGAUUCUGGGAAGCUGCUGGACCCCCAGGAAUUCACACUUUCAGGAACCCAGAGGAAGUUGGAGCUUAGAGGCCUCAUAACUGGAAUUGGUUAUGAGGUUAUGGUCUCUGGCUUCACCCAAGGGCACCAAACCAAGCCCUUGAGGGCUGAGAUUGUUACAGAAGCCGAGCCAGAAGUUGACAACCUUCUGGUUUCAGAUGCCACCCCAGACGGUUUCCGUCUGUCAUGGACAGCUGAUGACGGGGUCUUCGACAGUUUUGUUCUCAAAAUCAAAGAUACCAAAAAGCAGUCUGAGCCACUGGAAAUAACCCUACUUGCCCCCGAACGAACCAGGGACAUAACUGGCCUCAGAGAGGCCACUGAGUACAAAAUUGAACUCUAUGGAAUAAGCAGUGGAAGGCGGUCCCAACCAGUCAAUGCUAUGGCAACAACAGCUAUGGGCUCCCCGAAGGAAAUCAGUUUCUCAGACAUCACUGAAAACUCGGCCACUGUCAGCUGGAUGGUGCCCUCUGCCCAGGUGGAGAGCUUCCGGAUCACCUAUGUGCCUGUUGGAGGAGGGACACCCUCAGUGGUAACUGUGGACGGAACCAAGACUCGGACCAGGCUGGUGAAGCUCUUGCCCGGAGCAGAGUACCUCGUCAGCGUCAUCGCCAUGAAGGGCUUCGAGGAGAGUGAACCUGUCUCAGGAUCGUUCACCACAGCCCUGGAUGGCCCAUCUGGCCUGGUGACAGCCAACAUCACCGACUCGGAAGCCUUGGCCAUGUGGCAGCCAGCCAUUGCCCCUGUGGACAGUUACGUUAUCUCCUACACAGGAGAGAGAGUGCCAGAAAUUACACGCACAGUGUCUGGGAACACAGUGGAGUAUGGUCUGACCGACCUCGAGCCAGCCACAGAAUACGUGAUGAGGAUCUUUGCAGAGAAGGGGCCUCAGAAGAGCUCAGUCAUCACGACCAAGUUCACAACAGACCUUGAUUCUCCGAGAGACUUGACUGCGACUGAUGUUCAGUCGGAAACUGCUCUCCUCACCUGGAGACCCCCCAGGGCAUCUGUCACCGGUUACCUAUUGGUGUAUGAAUCCGUGGAUGGUACAGUCAAGGAAGUCAUCGUGGGUCCAGAAACCACCUCCUAUAGCCUGGCGGAACUAAGCCCAUCCACUCACUACACAGCCAAGAUCCAGGCAUUGAAUGGGCCUCUGAGGAGCAAGCUGGUCCAGACCAUCUUCACCACAAUUGGCCUCCUGUACCCAUUCCCCAAGGACUGCUCCCAAGCAAUGCUGAAUGGAGACACCACCUCUGGCCUCUACACCAUUUAUCUGAAUGGUGAUAAGGCCCAGGCUCUGGAAGUCUUCUGUGACAUGACCUCUGACGGGGGCGGAUGGAUCGUGUUCCUGAGACGCAAGAAUGGACGUGAGGAUUUCUAUCGCAACUGGAAGGCCUAUGCUGCUGGGUUUGGGGACCGCAGGGAAGAAUUCUGGCUUGGGCUGGACAACCUACACAAAAUCACAGCCCAAGGGCAGUACGAGCUCCGGGUGGACCUGCGCGACCAUGGGAAGGCCGCCUACGCCGUCUACGACAAGUUCAGCGUGGGAGACGCCAAGACUCGCUACAGGCUGAAGGUGGAGGGCUACAGCGGGACCGCAGGUGACUCCAUGGCUUACCACAAUGGCAGGUCUUUCUCCACCUACGACAAGGACACGGACUCAGCCAUCACCAACUGUGCCCUGUCCUACAAGGGGGCUUUCUGGUAUAAGAACUGUCACCGUGUCAACCUGAUGGGAAGAUAUGGGGACAACAACCACAGUCAGGGCGUUAACUGGUUCCAUUGGAAGGGCCACGAAUAUUCAAUCCAGUUUGCUGAGAUGAAGUUGAGACCCAGCAACUUCCGAAACCUCGAAGGCAGGCGCAAACGGGCAUGAGUUCCAGGGACAACUGGGUGAGAGAGUAGGGCCCAGAGAAAGAAGCAAAUUUUACCAAAGUAUCAACACAACCAGUCCAACCAACAAGCCACGCCCGGGCAUUUGGCAGGAGUUAAAGUUGACCACGGAUCAUCGGGGCCAAUGGCGGAAGCACCCGCCUCACCUACUCUGCGAGCAUUUCCUUCGCACCAAAGACAAUGAUCUCCACAGGUUUCUGUUUUGUUGUUCGAAUCAGCAAAAAAAAGUCUUCCAGUGACAGCAUCACAAUGAUUGUCCUUCUCUUGGGUGGCUCUGCGAAUGCGAGAGGGGUAGGCUGUACAGUGGUAGUCAGUGUUAGAACCAACUGUAUGUUACACAAAGCUGUAUAAUUAAUUAUCACUCUUUUUGUCCACAACGAAUCAGUGUGUGUCAUUGGAGGCCGGCCCCAUUUUUUUUUUUUUACAUUUCAUACAGCAAAAACCAGAAAAGCAAUACCGUUUUGAUUUUAAGAAUAUGAUUAAUAUGAUUAAUAUAAUAAUAAUGAUGAUGAAAACUAAGGAUUUUUAAAGAGAUCUUCCUUUCCAAAACACAUCUGGACAGUACCUGAUUGUAUUUUUUUUUAAUAAAAGCACAAGUACUUUUAAAAUGGCCUUUGUUUUGCCCUUCACUGUUGAGCCUGAAUUCCACCAAAGCCAAAGUAUUUGAAGAGAGGGAGGAAAAGUGAGGAAGGAUGGCAGUCAAGUCAGAGAGGAAGAAGGAAAGGGGAAGUGACGAGCUGGGAGAGAGGAGAGCACCAUUUUGAGCAAAGUUGAACAAGGUUGGAAAAAAGGUUACCACCUAAGAUUCAGCCUCUUGCCCAAAAUUUUCCAGACUAAUGGCUUGUGGUUUCAGAGAUGCUUUUAUACCCACCUUCUAAGGUAACCUAAAAAUUCCAUGAUACAGAUGAGGUGACAACUGUCAUCUACCAAGGAUGAAAGUGCCCAGAGGCAGACAGCCUGUGUUCAAACCUCGGCUCUACCAUCCCCUAGUUCCCUUGCCUCUUUGUGUCUCAGUUUCCUAAUGGGUAAAGUAGGGAUGCUCACACUUCUUCAUAGCGUUUCUGCCAAAAAAAAAAUAAAUAAAUGAUAUCAUCCAGAUGAGGUCCUUAA